AUGACCCUGAACGAUCGUAUCAUGGCACGCAAAGGAUACUGGCUCCGCAACGGUGCAAUUCUCGCCUUUUGCCUGACCCUCUUCUUCUUUGUGAUGCUCCCUCGGAAGCAGCCCAUUCUCCAUAACAAUCUCCCCAUCGAUCCAUUAUUGGAAAACACUUCAGCAACGUGGCCAGAAAAUAUCACCUCGGACCACUGCACACUCGCCCAUCCAGGAAGACCCCUCGUCCAGUAUGUGCUCAUGAUCGACGCUGGAUCGUCCGGAUCACGUAUUCACGCCUACAAAUUCAACUACUGCAAGGCUACACCCGAGCUGGAGAGCGAGGUCUUUGAGCAGCUCAAGCCUGGUCUGUCCAGCUACGAUGAAGAUGCUGAGGGCGCCGCCAGGAGUCUCGACCCCCUUCUGGAGACAGCCCUCAAGACCGUCCCCAGGUUCCUGCACAAGAGCACGCCUAUCGCAGUCAAGGCUACCGCUGGAUUGAGACUCUUGGGCGCUGCACAAUCGAGCAAUAUCUUGGCUGCUGUCCGCAACAGACUGGAGACCAAUUACCCCUUCCCCAUCAUCAAGGAAGAGGGCGUCGCUAUCAUGAACGGAGCUGAUGAGGGUGUCUAUGCAUGGGUCACUGUCAAUUAUCUUUUGGAGAGAGUCAACUCGCUGACAAAAGUACCCACGGUCGCCAUUCUGGAUCUCGGUGGAGCAUCGACGCAGAUUGUAUUUGAACCCAAGGUCGUCAACGGACAUUCAGUCGCACAGGGCGACCAUCGCAGGUCCAUGGGCUUCAACGGCAAUGACUAUGUUCUCUUCCAGCAUUCAUACCUCGGCUAUGGAUUGAACGAGGCUCGCAACCAAAUUAACCACUAUGUCAUCGAAAAUCCUGUCACCAACAAGCACGGCAUCGAGCUGGAAGAGGACGAGUACCUCCACCCGUGCUUGCCCGUCAAUACACACACGACAGUGCAGUACAAGGGACGGGAUGUGACCCUGAUGGGAGUUUCGGAUCCAAUUGGAGAGUGUAGACGCGUUGUCGAGGCCAUCUUUUACAAGAACAAGGCUUGCAACCAGGUGCCAUGCUCGUUCAAUGGCGUGUACCAGCCUUCGCUUGCUACUGCAUUCGAGUCCGACAUUUAUGCGUUCUCCUUCAUCUUCGAUCGCAUCGCACCCUUCCGGUUGGGAAGCGAGAUCCCCACGCAGGAGAUGACGCUCCAGGAACUCGCGGAUCUGACCGACCGUGUCUGCGUAGCGGACGAAAGUAACUUUGAGGAAUUCGAGAGCGUUGCGGAGGCCAGGAAGGAGCUGAGCUCUGUGGCAGAGAUGUGCAUGGACCUGAGCUACAUCCAUGGACUGCUCGGUUAUGGCUAUGGUAUUCCAUCGGAUCGCAAGAUCAGCCUGGCUAAGAAGAUCCGCGACUAUGAGACAGGUUGGUGUUUGGGUGCCAGCAUCGCUGUCCUGGAGGACCGUUGGUACAUUGGCGCGUAA